AUGGCGCAAGUGUGUAAGGUCAAGUAUCUGGGCUUCAAGAACCUGACAUAUGCUUUGAAGGAAACUGAUCAAAGAGAGUGGUUUCUGCUGCACGAGGUUGCAGUUCGGCCAAUUCCACAAGUAUUUGAAGUCACUUUAGAUGCAUCUUAUGAAUCAAUGUGGCAGUAAAAAACAUGCAAUGAAACAGCACUAACUUUGGCAGCAAAAACUGGCUUUGUGGAAAAUGUGCAAAUGAUCCUGGAAAAGGGUGUUUAUCCCAAAACCAUAAAUUACAAAGAGACUCAUUGGUCAACAGUGCAAGAAGCUGCAAAACAGAGAUGCAAAGACAUUGUUGAUGUUCUGAAGAAUGACAGAAAUGUUAACAUUAAGGACAAAUAUUGAGUCACACCAUUGGGGGUUACGGCUGAAUGUGGUCUCUUUGAUGUGCUGGAGCAUCUUAAUCAUAAAGGUGGACAUGGCAAGGCCUUAUCAGAUGAUCAUGUACCAGUUGGAGGACAUGGUCUAGGCUGCAUAGCUCUGCUUUUGGAAGGAAGUGGCAAUGCUGGUGAGGCAGGACUGCUUCCCAUACACAAAGUGGCUUAUGAGGGGCAUCACCUGGGCGGGAAGUCCCAAACUUUAAUCCAGGAAAGUGGGUCAAGCACUGUUCAUUCUGCUGUAGACAGCCAGAACCAGUGUCUAGAGCUUGUCAUUGAAAAUGGUUUGGAUGUCAACACUGUCUUGUCUGAAUACUUAAUUUCAAAUACUUAUGAUGACAGAAGACAGCCUGCACUUUGUUGUGCUGUUUCUAAUAAUGGGAUUCUUUGCACCCAAAUAUUGCUGAAAGCAGGAGCAAAUCCAAACAAGGAUCCUUUAAACUUUGUUCUCAUAGCAGACAGCCAUGGAAUUCUAAAGCUACUCCUAUCUUAUGGAGCAGAUGUCAACUGCUAAUUUUGUUGCUUAAUAUAUGCGUUUCCCCAGUGCAUUUGGUAUUCUUUGAAUGGUGACAUGAUGCUGAGGCUGUUGCUCAGGCAUGGAUAUAAUGUGGAGAUGUGUUUGGAUUUUAUGUGUCAGGGUAUCUUGGGAAAUUCUUUUGUGUGGCCAGCCCCAGAGCUUGAACUUAUUUUCUGUGAGUUUAUUGCUGUUCCGUGAUUGAGACAUUUAGCUGGAAAAAUGGCUUUUGUUUUUAUAGAUUACACAGAUUAUGUACCUGUAAGCAAAACAAUUCAGUUUUUCAUAGAAACACAGAAAAAAAAUGAACAGAACCAUAGACUUGAUAAAUAUUUAGCUUCCAGUUAA